CCUUCUCUUUCCCUUCUCUCUCCCCAUCGCGGGUCACCUUCUUUCUCUCUCUAUCUCUUCACCCUCACCCCCCCUCUCUCUCUCUCUAAUCUCUCUUCCGCCGCGAUGGCAAAGUACGUGGAGCUUAUCGAUAUGGGGGUGAGAAUAGCGGCUCGCUUCCAUUCCCACUGCCCUCACACGGCUCGCCUGUACUACCACCCCCCUGCCUCGUCCAGCGCCAACGAAGGAGACAUCGCCGAAACCACCGCCGGAGUCUCCGCCGCCGAAUCUGCCGGCGUGCGUGUUCCGGCCAUAGGCUGCCGCAGUAAAAAAGUCUCCUUUGAAUCGUCGCCGACGGAGAUUAUUCUUUCUGCUGUUGUCUGAACGCAGCUGAUGAAAAUCUCAGCGCUUAUUUGAGAAGAAAAUUUUGACUUUGUUUUUAUUUUAUUUUUAGGGUUUUUUACAAUUUCUAUACGGUUGAAUUUUGGCAAUGAUGGAUUAUUAUUUAUUUUAUUUAUAUGAUGAAGCGAUUUAAGUA